CAAAUCCGUCAAGAUGGUCAACAUCCCCACCAUCAAGCUGAACAGCGGCUACGACAUGCCCCAGGUCGGUUUCGGCCUGUGGAAAGUCGACAACGCCAUCGCCGCCGAUACCGUUUACAACGCCAUCAAGACCGGUUACCGUCUGUUCGACGGCGCUGCUGACUACGGCAACGAGGUCGAGGUCGGCAAGGGCGUCGCCCGCGCCAUCCAGGAUGGCCUCGUCAAGCGUGAGGAGCUCUUCCUCGUCUCCAAGCUUUGGAACACCGAUCACAAGGCCGAGCACGUCGAGAAGAUGGCUCGCAAGCAGCUCGCCGACCUUGGCAUCGACUACUUCGACCUCUACUUCAUCCACUUCCCCGUCGCCCUCGAGCACGUCGACCCCUCCGUCCGCUACCCGCCCGGCUGGUUCUACGACGGCGUCUCCGAGAUCCGCCGCUCCGACGCCACCAUCCAGGAGACCUGGACGGCCAUGGAGGGCCUCGUCGAGAAGGGCCUUGCCCGCUCCAUUGGCAUUUCCAACUUCCAGGGCCAGCUGAUCUAUGACCUCCUCCGCCACGCCAAGAUCGUCCCCGCUACCCUCCAGGUCGAGCACCACCCCUACCUCGUCCAGCCCAACCUCAUCCGCCUCGCUAAGAACGAGGGCAUCACCGUCACCGCCUACUCCUCCUUCGGCCCCACCUCUUUCGACGAGUUCGACUUCCCCCACGCCAAGGCCCUUACCCCUCUCCUCAAGCACGAUGUCAUCACCGAGAUUGCCAACAAGCACGGCAAAGCCCCCUCCCAGGUCCUCCUCCGCUGGGCUACCCAGCGUGGUCUGGCCGUCAUCCCCAAGACCAGCCGCCAGGAGAUCCUCGUCCAGAACCUCGACUGCACCAGCUUCGAUCUCUCCGAUGAGGAUCUGGCCAAGAUCUCCGGCCUCGACAUCAACACCCGUUUCAACGCCCCCACCAACUACUUCACCACUGAGAAGCUCUGGAUCUUCGCUUAAAGCGAUCAUACGAAAAAGCCGGCGUCGUCACGCGAGUGCGCGCCCCAUCGCUGCACACGCCUGACCACUUCCUCAACCUGACCUAUCAUUUAUCCGUUCACCCGAACCGGCUCUGCUGCCUUUCCAUGCACACCCGAUCAGAUUAAAUGACCGGGGGCAUUCUCAUUCCUCCCCUUUUUGUUGACGAUAAAAAAUAAAUCAACGGCGAUCGUCCAUCCUGGCAGGGAGUGUCUGUUGGGUUUGAAACGUGGUUAUUAGCACCACGGGUUAGAUGAGUAGCAAAGGAGCCAAUGAGCCAGAUAUGAGAUGAGAUGGUAGAUGCGGAAUUUUAUUGCCCAGGUACCCUAGGGAGAUGAAAUACUAGGACCGGGCUUAUUAGAAUCAAUGAAGCGUUUUCUUCUUCCA